AUUACAUGUUUUGAGCCGGAAGGUUUGGGUAACCUUAUUGAAGGAAUGGAAUUCCAUCGCUUUUAUUUUGAUUCAAGUUCUACAAGUCGAAGUCCGAAAAUUCACACAACUUUACUUAAUCCAAAUGUUCAUAUGAUCGGUGAUGAAGGAGCAUGCAUUGCUUAUAUUCGUUUAACGCAGUACAUUGAUAAAAUGGGUGAAGCACGAUCUCGUCAAGCUCAAGAAACGCGUGUAUGGCAAAAGCGUAACGGUCGUGGGUGGUGUUGUAUUCAUGUUCAUCGAACUGGAGCACCAUCAUCAGUCAACGCAGCUUGUGAUCAUCAUAAUUAA